CAUGUUUUAAGUCUAGGGUUCUCUACGCAAAACCAGGAGGUUUCUAUAUCCUUGUCUUUAUUUAUCGUGAUCAGUAGCAGGCGGAUGGUGCUUCCUGCUUCGGAUUGUAAAGAGGGUUCGAGAUUGGCAAAUCUUUGCGGAUCUUGCGGCCCCCAAAUCCCGGUUGAACAAAUACAGAGUGCGGAGGGGUGGUUCUAUCCGGACGACCUCGGAGUUUAUCCUAGAUUACAGAAUCAGCAAACCCUUACUGACUGUGGUUGUGCAGGAAGGGUUUAUCAUUUCCCUACUACUGCUUCCCCUCCAACAUCUACCAGUUUCUGUAAACCUGGGGCGGGGAAGCUCUAGAUUGAAUUUCUGGAGUUGUGCGAAUUGGCUUCGUGUCAUGGCCGGCAUGGGGAUUGAUUCACCACCGGAGCGGGAUAACUUGCUUCCACCCCGAGAUCGCAUCGUCCAGAGGCUUGCAGUGCAUGGGAUUCCACAAGUGUAUCUUCAACAAUUUCAGCUGGGUCUGGUUGCUUUUGUCAGGGAUAACAAAUGCAUGAUAUCUGAAAUUGUAUCGUCCAUCUUACCAACUAUUUUGGAUUUAAUGGAGGCUCAGAUGUUGCCAAACACAGAACAUGCUGGAGUUUCUGAUGAAUUUUCAAUAAAGGAAUUAUUUGAGGAAAGCAUUUUGUGGUUGCAAUGGUUGAUGUUUGAUGGUGAUCCACAAAUAUCCCUAAGUAACUUGGCACAAAGUGGUGAUGGCCAGCGUGCGGUAUGUGGAGCUGUCUGGGGACAUAAAGACUUGGCGUACCGUUGCCGCACAUGCGAGCAUGACCCAACUUGUGCAAUUUGUGUCCCUUGUUUUCAGAAUGGCAAUCACAAGGAUCAUGAUUAUAACAUUAUGUAUACUGGUGGUGGAUGCUGUGAUUGUGGCGAUGAAACUGCAUGGAAAAAAGAGGGCUUCUGUUCAGAUCAUAAAGGUAUUGAACAGAUUCGACCCCUACCACAAGAGUUAGCAAAUUCUAUUGGUCCUGUCCUGGAUCAUCUUCUUUUUUGCUGGAAGGAAAAGGUUAUUUCAGUGGAAUACAAGCAUGGGGAAGAUGCUGAUCAUGGUGAUGUAUACAAGAAAGCUGCAAAUGGAUUAUCUUCAGCCAUCAUUCAAAUGUUGAUAGACUUCUGUAAUUGCAGUGAAAGUCUGCUCAGUUUUAUCUCUAGAAGACUGAUGACAUGUUCCGGUUUACCUGAUGUUCUUUUAAAGGCAGAAAAGCUCUUGGAUAUGGAAGUUGUGAAGAGGUUACAUGAGUUGCUUUUAAAACUUCUUGGGGACCCUCUUUUCAAGUAUGAUUUUGCAAAGAUUUUCAUACAGUACUACCCUUAUAUUGUGAAAGAAAUGAUCAAAGACUCUAGCGACUUUCUGGAGAGAGAUCUGAAGCUAGCAACUUUCUCUGUACAAAUUUUUACAGUACCAACUUUAACUAUGCGACUUGUAACUGAGGUAGAUCUGCUGUCUGUUCUUCUAGGAUGCUUGAAGGACCUUUUCCUUUCUUGUGCUGAUGCAGAUGGUCAUCUUCAGGCUAGUAAUUGGGCCAACAUAUAUGAAGCAACUAUUCGUUUGAUUGAAGAUUUUCGCUAUGUUAUGAGUCACCAAGAGGUUCCUGCAUAUGUUGCUUGUGAAAGGCCAGAUAUCUCAAAGAACUGGAUUUUUCUAUUAAGACUUGUGCAGGGCAUGGAUGCACAAAAGAUAGUAACUGGUCUUCACACAGAGGAGGAAAAUGAAAAUCUUAUUGCGCCUUUUGUUCUUGGGCAGUGUCUAGGGAAUGUUAAUGCACUUUUGGUAGAAGGUGCUUUUUAUGUUGACAAAAAUGGAUGUUUAGACAAGCAAGGUCCACUUGAUAUUGACAGGCAACGCCAUGCCAAAGUGGGAAGGGUUUCUCAAGAAAGUUUUGCAAGCAGGACUGGUGUGUUGGAGUUCUCACAGUUUAAUGAAACAGAUUUUGAUGGGGAAAAUGGUAUGUGUUUUCCGUCUUCUAUUGUAUGGCUGAUCUCUGAAUGCCUGAAAGCCAUUGAAUGUUGUUUGAAACCAGAAAUUGAAUCAUUAAGCUAUUUAUCAUCUUUUGGUGGUGUAGCUACCACCAGUGCGUCUAAUUUUGCUUUGAGAAAGAAAUCGGUUAGGAACAAGAAAGUACCAAAUAUCGUUAAUAGAACUUCUAUGACCAGGAUGGACAUGGAUGGAGAGGAGGUUGCUGUUACCCGUGAUAGCAAUGAGAGGUUUGGGAGGGCCAGUAUGCUAGAAGCUGAAAGGGAUGGUGUUUCCCAUAGCAAUGAUUCAUUGUACAUUGGUGAGACCAAUGAAUUGUUUCCUGAACGUAGUUAUAGUACCAGAUUUUCAGAUGACACUCUCAUGGAGGUAGAGUAUGGUAGGGAGUCGGCAACAUUUGGCAUAUUGAAAAUGAAUGAUUGGCCUGCUAUCAAUUAUGAUGUUGGUUCACAAGCAAUAUCUUUCCACAUCCCCUUGCAUCGUUUACUUUCAGCAUUGUUGCGAAAAGCAUUGGAAGCUUGUUGUCAUGUAAUUGAACUACCACACAAGACAAAUGGCACUACAACAACUACCUUUCCUAUUCAUAAUCAAGACUUCUUCAGGAAUGCUUUGGCUGGGUUACAUCCUUGUGAUUUUUCGGCCUUUAUUAUGGAGCAUCCUCUUCGGCUGAGGGUAUUUUGUGCACAAGUUCGUGCUGGCAUGUGGAGAAAGAACGGUGAUGCUCCCAUUUUGAGUUCUGAGUGGUAUCGAUCUGUGCAAUGGUUGGAACAUGGACUGGAAUGUGAUCUGUUUUUGUUGCAAUGUUGUGCUGCAUUAGCUCCUCCUGAUUCUUUUGUUCAAAGGGUGUUGGAAAGAUAUGGAUUAUCAAAUUACAUGUCUUUAAAUCUUGCAGAUUAUAACGAGUAUGAACCUGUCCUAGUACAAGAAAUGCUCACUCUAUUCAUUCAUAUUGUUAAAGAACGUCGAUUUUGCGGGUCCUCUACGAUAGAAAAUCUACGGAGAGAACUGGUGUAUAGGUUGGUUAUUGGUGAUGCUACUCAUAGCCAGCUAGUUAAAUCUCUGCCAAGGGAUCUGUCAAAGAGUGAUAAACUCCAAAACACUGUGGACAUGCUUGCAGUAUAUUGCAAUCCAUCUGGGAUGAAGCAGGGAAAGUAUUCACUACGUAAAGCAUAUUGGAAAGAAUUGGACUUGUAUCAUCCUCGUUGGAGCUCAAGAGAUCUACAAGUUGCAGAGGAGAGAUAUUUCCGUUUCUGUAAUGUUUCUGCCUUGAAUGCUCAGCUGCCAAGAUGGACUCCCAUCUUCGAGCCUCUAGCCUCUAUAUGUAGAAUAGCUACUUCAAAAAUGGUUCUCCAAAUUGUUCGGGUAGUUUUUUUUUAUGCAUAUUUCUCUGAAAGAUCUACUGCUUCCCGGGCUCCAGAUGCAGUUCUUAUUACAGCAUUGCACUUGGUUUCUUUAGCAUUAGAUAUCUGUGAAACACAGCAACUUUUCCUUACAGAUGAUACGGUUCCUAUGCUAACCAGUGCUAGUGAAGAAUUUGACAUGGGUACCAGCAGUGCCUCUGCGUUCUGGAAAAAUCAAAGCAUGCUAUCAUUAUUGGUUUCCUUAAUGAGGAAAUACAGGGAACAAAAUGAUGAUGUCUAUUCCGAGACAAGACAUUGUAACAUUUCUUCUUUAAUUGAGACUUUGCUGAAGAAGUUUGCACAGUUAAAUGCUACUUGUAUGUCUGAGCUCAAACGUUUGGCUCCUGAUGUAGUCUGUAAUGUGCCACAACUCAAUAGCACUGCUCAGAAUUUUGCAUGUAUUUCUGACAUAGAUGAGAGGAAAUUAAAAGCACGGCAGCGUCAGGCUGCCGUAUUGGAAAAAAUGAAAGCAGAGCAGUCCAAAUUUAUUGAAAGUCUUAGCUCCAAUGACUUUGAGCAGGAAUCAUACAAACAGAAGGAAUCUCUUCCGAAAAUUGAUGUGAGAGAAGAGUCAGUACCUGUUUGUUCUUUGUGCCAUGAUCCUGAUUCGGGAAGUCCAUUAUGUUUACUGAUUCUUGUCCAGAAAUCUAGGUUAGCGAGUUUUGUAGACCGAGGGCCCCCGGAUUGGAAAAAUGCGGAGCAGUCGCACAAGGAGGCCAGGUCAGCUGGAAAGCUAAAGUUGAUUGAUUCAUCCGACCCCUUCACAUCCAGUCCACUUCAGUUGGUCCAAAUUACUGCUCCUGAAGUUGAUUAUGAUGUUGAGCUUGCAGAUGUCGAUAUGUUUUUGGAAUUCAUUAGAGACCAGAUUCCUGAUAUUGGAAACUUUCAACUAGCUAAGGUUUCACAUGAUGCUGCCAAAGAUUCGUCCUUUUGCCUUGAACUGAUUGAAAAUUACCUUUUCCAUUCUAUCAUAGAUGAUAUGCAUGAAACCCUGGCUUGUUCACAUUCUGCAAGUGGUGAGCAGAACUUUUUAACUUCCCCUGUUGUAGAUUCAAAUAUAAGCAAAGAUUCAGGCUCUGUGCUGCGGGAAUAUGUUGCUUGUCUUUCAAGAAUAUCUUCUAAGCAACACUCAUCCAUGUAUGAUGUUUUACAUUUUGGAAAUCUCUCAUCAAAAUCUAAGGGCAAAAUUACCAGAAUUAUUAAAUUUAAUCCGAAAGAUUGUGAUGGAAUUCACAUUUCUUCUUGUGGGCAUGCUGUGCAUCAGGACUGUCAUGAGAGAUAUUUAGCAUCAUUAAAGCAAAGGAACAUAAGGAGGCUUGGGUUUGAAGGAGGGCAUAUCAUCGACCCAGAUCUGGGGGAAUUGCUUUGCCCGGUGUGCCGUAGAUUUGCAAAUUCAGUCCUUCCUGCUGUAUCAGGUCCUGUUGAUAAAUCUCUGAAGCAUGAGAGAGUCUCUCCCAGUAUUGCAGAAGUGAGUAACAUUUUGCAGCUUCCUUUAGCAUUAUCUCUUCUUCGAAGUGCAGACAAAAAGGUUGGCAAUGGGGGAUUCCUUAAAAUGUCUUUUGGCAAACUUAGAGAAACUAUUGAACCAGUUUUGGAGCCUACCUUGCGCAAAUUGUAUACACUAUAUUAUCCUCAUAAUUAUAAUGAGUUAUCAGCGUCUGGUCGGCUCAGCCAUUCUCUAGUGCUAUGGGAAACCCUCAGGUAUUCCCUUGUAUCAACAGAAAUUGCUGCUCGUGGGAGGUUGAGAGCAUCACCUACUAGUUCUACCUUGGAAGCUUUAUACAGCGAACUUCAUUCUUCUAGUGGAUUUAUAAUGCCAUUACUGCUUCGUGUUGCUAAAAGCACCUGUAGUUCGAGUUCGAUUGGAGCACUCCUAAGGUUUAGAGGCAUUCAACUUUUGGCAAGAUCUAUUUGUUUUGGCAUGUCAGAGGAUAAUACUUUGUCAAAUUCAGACAAACAAAGAGGUUCAUUGAAUUUGGAUCAUACUGAAAGUGGAGAUUCCUUUCCGGAUAUUCAAUUUUGGAAGAGAGCUGCUGAUCCAGUCCUUGCUCAUGAUCCGUUUUCUUCAUUAAUGUGGGUUCUCUUUUGUCUUCCAUCUUCUUUUAUGCAAUCCAGUGAAUUCUUUAUUCCUCUGAUGCAUCUCUUCUAUGCGGUCUCUGUUAUUCAGUCACUCAUUACGUGCUAUAGCAAAGAUUUUUUUGAUGCAUCACAUUUCAGUGAUUCGCUUCUUUGUGAUUUGUGCAAAAUGAUGGGGGAAUCUUCGCCAGUGAAGAAAUACUUUGUUUCAAACUAUAUUGAUCGUUGCUGUGAUCCCAAAGAUAUGAUUCGUAGAUUAACAUUUCCUUUUCUUAGAAGAUGUGCAUUACUCUGGAAGUUACUGCAGUCAUCAACCACAGUUCUUUUUGAUACUUCACAUGUUUGGGAAGGACUAAAUCCACAUGCAAAGACCGAUACAUUAGAGGUUGACAAUGCUAAUUACCUCAGAAUGGAGCUUGAUGGAAUAAGGGAGUUAGAGGAUCUAUUUCAUGUUUCGUCAUUUGAAUUGAUUCUUAAGGAUGAAAUUGUGCAUUCUUUAGCUUUGAAGUGGUGCAAACACUUUUGUGAUGAAUUGAGGGCUAAUAGAUGUGGGGGCAUCUUAUAUUAUACACCCGCAGUACCAUUUAAGUUGAUGCAGUUACCACGGAUCUACCAGGAUCUUUUGCAGAGGUAUGUUAAAGUUAAGUGUUCUGAAUGCAAAUCUGUUCCAGAGGAACCUGCUCUUUGCUUGCUUUGUGGAAAGCUAUGUUCUCCAAGCUGGAAAUCCUGUUGCAGGCCAAGUAGAUGUUUAAACCAUGCAGUUUCUUGUGGUGCUGGCAUUGGCGUGUUUUUGUUGGUUCGGAAAACUACAAUCUUACUUCAGCGGUCUUCAAGGCAAGCCUUUUGGCCAUCUCCUUAUUUAGAUGCUUUUGGGGAAGAGGAUAAUGACAUGUACCGAGGAAAACCUUUGUUCUUAAACAUGGAACGCUAUGCAGCGCUUACAUAUUUGGUGGCAUCUCAUGGUCUUGACCGGACAUCUGAAGUUCUUCGUCAGACAACAAUUAGUGUUUUUGGCUCUGAUUAAAUUUCUUGUGGUGCUUAUCAUGAAGCUGCAGGCUAAGAAUUGGAAUUUGAAAACUAGCGGAAAUGCUAUUACACUGAGUCCAAGGGGAGGGAUUUAUGCUGCUGAACGCCACCUGUUCGUUUUGGUUUUGAACUUUGUUGCAUGCAAAACUUGUGCAGUCUCUUCUAUUUCAUUAGACAUACAGCUCCCGUUCUUAUGAACCUGUAUAUUUUGCCAUUCAGCACUGGCCUCACUUGUUCUUUCAACAUAUGUAUUUAUUUAUAGAAGCAGGAUGAUAUGCUUCUUCUGUACAUAUAUAUAAAUUGACAAUUUAAGGGGUCAGUUCUUGUUCA